AACCAGCAGCCAUCAAAAUAGAAACUUUAGUUAACAGCUAGUGCCAUCAUACGAAAGUCCAAUGUUAUUUCCUUGAACUUUCCGAGAAACCUCUCUUCAUCUUCUUUCUUCUUUCAAUUUUUCCCGCUUUCCCCUUUUUCGCUCCUUUUUCUUUCUUUCUUUUUGCCGUUGGAAUCUUAUCCAGUGAAAAAAGAAAGUCCUCACUACAAACAAUUCAAAAAUUAAACAAAGAAAAAAAAAGAAACUUUAGAUCAGAUCUGAAAACAGAUAUAGUUGAAGAAGAAGAGUGUUUAGUAAGAAAAUGCAAACGAGGUAUGUGGACAAACGUGCUUUGGAUCCAAGUAGUAGUGAGGAAGGUCAACCUGAAAGGAAAAGACCUGCUCUUGCUAGUGUCAUUGUUGAAGCGCUAAAGGUGGACAGUCUGCAGAAACUCUGCUCAUCACUGGAACCAAUUCUUCGAAGAGUUUUGUGUUCACAGGUUAGUGAAGAAGUUGAGCGUGCUUUGGCUAAACUUGGUCCUGCUAAACUUAAUGCAAGGGUUUCUCCAAAAAGAAUUGAAGGACCUGAUGGGAGAAAUUUGCAGCUUCAGUUUCGGUCCAAACUGUCACUACCUCUCUUCACAGGAGGAAAAGUAGAAGGAGAGCAGGGUUCUGCGAUACAUAUUGUCUUGAUUGAUGGAAAUACAAACCAUGUUGUAACAUCAGGUCCAGAGUCCUCAGUUAAACUAGAUAUUGUUGUGCUUGAAGGAGAUUUCAAUGACGAGGAUGAUGAUGGCUGGACUCAAGAAAAAUUUGAGUCUCAUAUAGUAAAGGAGCGCGAAGGAAAAAGGCCUCUUCUUACUGGAGAAUUGCAAGUGAUAUUGAAGGACGGUGUUGGCACUCUUGGUGAGUUGACGUUUACUGACAACUCCAGCUGGAUCAGAAGCAGAAAGUUCAGGCUAGGCUUAAAAGUUGCAUCAGGUUGUUGUGAGGGAAUUCGCAUCCGUGAGGCAAAAACGGAUGCCUUCACUGUCAAGGAUCAUAGAGGAGAAUUGUACAAGAAACAUUAUCCACCUGCAUUAGAUGAUGAGGUUUGGAGAUUGGAAAAGAUAGGGAAAGAUGGAUCCUUCCAUAAGAGGCUAAAUAAAGCUGGUAUACAUAAAGUGGAAGACUUCCUGCGACUUGUUGUGAGAGACUCGCAGAGGCUCCGUAAUAUCCUGGGAAGUGGAAUGUCAAAUAAGAUGUGGGAUGCUCUUGUGGAGCAUGCAAAAACCUGUGUUCUAGGUGGGAAGCUUUAUGUCUAUUAUCCUGAUGAUAUGAGAAAUGUUGGUGUUGUCUUUAACAAUAUCUACGAGUUAUGUGGUUUAAUCUCUGGUGGGCAGUAUCAUUCAGUUGAUUCUCUUUCAGAAAAUCAGAAGGUAUAUGUGGAUACUUUAGUCAAGAAGGCAUAUGAAAACUGGAUGCAUGUCGUUGAGUAUGAUGGAAAAUCUCUUUUAAGCCUGGGCCAGAAUAAACCCUCAGUUACUUCUCAAAAUGAUCUUACAAUUGGCUCUCAGAACCAUUCGACCUCUUUUGAUCAACAAAUUAAUUUACCAAGUCUUCCAGCUUCAAUUUCAUCGGAGCAGCCUGCUAUGAAUACAGGACUGAAUAUGGGAGGGUAUAAUGAUAGCCUCAGUAGCAGAUAUACCAUGCAGCCUCAUCUAAAUGGCAACAUGCAGGUAAAUGGUGCUUCAUUUCCUCCUCAGAACCAUUUGCUAGGUACGUCACAGCAAGCUCAGCCACAUGGAAGUGAGAGCAUGCUGGCUCUUCGCCCACCACAGCCGUCAAUGUCUAGCUAUUUUGCUGCUAGCACGCCUAAUCCAUAUAGGGGAGCUGAAGACUUCUUAACAGAGGAAGAAAUACGUAUGAGAAGUCAUGAGAUGCUUGAAAAUGAGGACAUGCAACAUCUGCUCCGUAUUUUCAGCAUGGGACAAGGUCAUGCUUCUUCUAGUGUUGGAGAAGAGAAUUACCAGUAUGGAUCAUCAUACAUGCCCAACAUGUCUUCUACCUUCGGUUUUGAUGAGGACCGGACACGUUCUUCAGGUAAGGCCGUUGUCGGGUGGCUCAAACUCAAAGCUGCCUUGAGAUGGGGCAUCUUCAUCAGGAAGAAAGCUGCUGAAAGAAGAGCACAAAUUGUUGAAUUGGAUGACUCCUAGAUUUGAUCUUUCCCCUUUCCAUAGCAACCGCGUGGAUGUGAUGAUGUUUAAAGGCUUCCUUUAAGAAGCAUAUCAUCGCUCUUGGAAUUUGAUAUGACAAUGCAUAUGCAUCUGGUGCUAGUUUGGGGUCGAUCAGAAUCUGGAAGCCUCUCUUAAUGUACAGUUAUGCCUGUCCGUGGAGAUUUGCUCUCUCCAUUAACAGAAUAACAUAAAGCUUAUGAUAGUUUUCUCAGCAUAUUAUCUGAAGUUCAAAGACGAGAGCAGUUUUCGUGGCUCUAGCUCUGAAGGGAAAUUCUCAUGGUUUAGACCUGAUUUCUACUACUGGGAUGGACGGAAUGACUUCUCUUCCCUUGUGCUAACUCAGGAUUGUAGCAACAUUUAUUUUUAUGUUUAUGUUGACCGAUGCUGUAAUUUCUAUUGUUUUAUUACCAUGAGUUUAUUAAAGAAAACAUAAUGUGUUGUGAACAAAUAUCAAAAUACGAUAUUGUGGACCUUCAAAGAAUUUGUCAUAUUGAAUGAAUAAUCGUGUUCCAUUUUACUAAGAGUGAGGAUCUGUUAAAUCAAA